CAAACCUGAGUGCAUCCCCCGUUAUUGGUUGCUAAGCACUUUUAUAGCCUAGGGCUACUUCCGCCACCGCAGCAUAGCCGCUACCGCGACCGAUUGAACAUUCUCCGGCUAAGUUCAGGUUUAGUUUCCUUCAAUGUUUUGAAUCUGUUGGGGAUGUUGCGAAGAUGUGCUUGGGAUGAUUGGUUUCGUCUCCUUCAACACUUUGGUGCUUUUUCUAAUCCCAGAAGCUUUCUUCUUUACCCAUCGCAUUCCCGUCAUUCUUUUUCAACUUUUUCCACCUUUGUUAGUGGUACUGGCAGCGAUAUUCAAGCAACAACAAGCAGAGCCCAGCUCUUGAAUUCUAUAAGAAAUCUCAGAACUGUAGACGCUGCUUUGGAUUUCUUCUUCCACAAAAUGGUUGGCAUGAACCCUUUACCUUGUGUCGAGGACUUUAACUUAUUGUUGGGCAUCAUUGUGAAGAUGAAACAUCAUACAACGGCCAUUUCCUUAAUCAAACACAUGUAUUCCUUAGGUGUUAGAGCCGAUGUCUUCACUCUCAAUAUUGUCAUCAAUUGUCUCUGCCAUUUGAACCACACAGCUUUUGGGUUUUCUGUUUUGGGGCUUAUGUUCAAAAUUGGUUUGGAGCCCACGCUGGUGACUCUUAACACCAUUGUUAAUGGGCUUUGUGUAGAAGGCAAUGUGACUCAAGCACUAAGGUUAGCUGAACAUAUGGAAAACAUGGGUUAUCAAUCUAGCAGUUACACCUUUGGAGCAAUAAUUAAUGGAUUGUGUAAGGUUGGUGACACAUCUCUUGCUAUCAGAUAUCUCAAGAAGAUGGAAGAAACAAGUUGCAAAUCAAAUGUUAUAGUAUACACCACAAUCAUAGACAGUCUUUGCAAGGAUAGUUUGGUAUCUGAGGCUUUGGAUUUGUACUCAGAGAUGUCUGGUAAAGGUAUUCAACCUACUCUUAUCACAUACAAUUGCUUAAUUCAAGGCCUCUGUAACUUUGGUAGAUGGAAAGAGGCUGCAACUCUACUAGGUGAGAUGAUGAAAAAGGGAAUCAUGCCAAAUGUGCGAACUUUUAGUGCUAUAGUUGACAAUUUUUGCAAAGAAGGGCUGAUUUCAAGGGCUAAAUGUAUAAUAGGUUUAAUGGUUCAUAUGGGGGUGGAGCCUAAUGUAUUUAUCUAUACUUCAAUGAUUAAUGCUCAUUGUUUGGAAAAUCAAAUGAAGGAGGCCAUGAAAGUAUUUGAUUUGAUGAUUCAUAAGGGCUGCUUACCAGACAUUGUAACUUAUAGUUCAUUAAUCCAUGGAUGGUGUAAAAUUAAAAACUUAAAUAAGGCUAUCUGUCUCUUGGGUGAAAUGGUUAAUAAUGGAUUAAAUCCAAAUGUUGUCACUUGGAACAUUCUUAUUGAUGGGUUUUGCAAAGCAGGAAAACCACUAGCUGCAAAAGAAUUGUUUUUCACAAUGCACAAGUAUGGCCAACUUCCCGAUCUCCAGACUUGUGCCAUUAUUUUGAAUGGCCUAUUCAAAUGCCAUUUUCAUUUAGAGGCAAUAUCAUUGUUUAGGGGAUUUGAGAAGAUGAAUUUGGAUCUUGGUAUUGUAAUUUACAAUAUUAUGCUUGAUGGAAUGUGCAGUUCUGGAAAACUGAAUGAUGCACGGGAACUCUUUUCUUGUCUGCCAGCUAAAGGCUUGAAAAUCAAUGUUCGUACUUAUAGCAUAAUGAUUAAAGGUCUAUGUAAUGAAGGAUUAUUGGAUGAUGCUGAAGACUUACUGAUUAAUAUGGAAGAGAAUGGCUGCCCCCUUAAUGAUUGCACCUAUAAUGUCUUUGUCCAAGGAUUGCUGCGAAGAUAUGAUAUUUCAAGGUCAACAAAAUACCUUCAACUAAUGAGAGACAACGGUUUUUCUGCAGAUGCUACCACCACUGAAUUGCUUAUCAGCUACUUCUCUGCUAAUAAAGGAGAUAAUGUUUUUCAAGAGUUUUUGCAGAAAAUUGUUUGAGUAUAGCAGUAUGUUUGAAAUCCCAAUAUGUUCUCGAGGACCAACCUGUUAGCAGAGUCAGGCUCUAAAUAUAGCUUUUGAUACAAGUUUUUCUGCCAUUCCUCAGCUUGAUUUUAUCAUUUUAAU